CCGUAUUGUGCAUUGUUAACGGGGUAGAAGGGCGACAUAUUAUACUGCAUGUUGGGAUUUGUAGUAUACCUAAAUUAUUUGAACCAAAUGUUGUUUUUUCCAAACCUAUUAAGUGUUUAACAAGCAGUUUGUUUUCUUGUAUUUGUAAUGAGUACGGUGUAAUGUUUUAAAUGAAAACUAAAAGGUUUUAAGGGAGUCAGUAGUCGGUGCUUUUAUGUAACACCGGAAGAAGUCAUCCGCGUGGAUAUGCUGCAAGGGUAAACGGAGAAAAAUGUGGCUAAGAGGAACUUUACAGUUGUUACAUGGAUUAAGGACGUCUUUAGUUAAUUUUGAGUCGUGGAUGCUCUCGGCUUUGGGGGUUCCAAGGUACUGGGCACCUGCAGUAGCAGUGCAGAAUCUAGACAUCCCCUGCAAUCCGGAAGAUUGUGCACAUGAGGGAGACGGAACUGGCUUUUUAGACUCCAUUUUUUGGAUGGCAGCUCCCAAAAAGAGGCGCACUAUUGAAGUGAAUCGUACCAGGAGAAGGGAUCCAAGAAAAUUAGAAAAAAUUAAGGACAACAUCGAUGUUUGCAGUGUUUGUGGACACUUAAAACUUAAACAUGUCUUGUGUGGCUUUUGCUAUGAGAAAGUUCGUCGUGAGACUGCAAUAAUCAGAGGACAAAUUCGGGCUCAAGAAGGAGGUCCAUUCAAAGCACCAUCUGUAGAAACUGUUGUCUUGUAUGAAGGAGAGAAACCAACAGAGGCUGACGAAGGCAAAAGGAUUGUUGAAAGAAGCAGGAAAAGACCAUCUUGGUUUAUGAAUUUUUAAUGCAGUGUUGCAUUACAAAAAAUGCCUGACAUCACCUAAGAGGCAAAUUUAACCCAGUUUAUUUCGCAAUGUGGUUUUCAAUCACUUGUAUAUAGGAUCUUCACUUGGACUGUGUGUAAAUAUUUUAAGUCUUAUCUUCAAAGUAAUUAUACUCUGCUUUUUUGUUAAGGAAAUUGGCAUAGGAGGUGAUGUGAUUCAGGGUUUGUGCCUGGGUCCUAAAGUGCUGCCUGCCAUAAGUCUGUUUCAUGAGAAGAGGUGACUGGAAGACCUACUAAAUAUCAGUUUGUUAUGGACCCAUUUACUUCAUCUUUACCUCUAGAAGUUCCUGGCACAGUUACUUUUUAUGUUCCUGGCACAGUUACUUUUUAUAGUUGGAGUAAAGUUAGUGCUAUCAGGCUUUCUUUUUUAUAAUCUAGAUGGUGGCCUUGCAAACCAUUUUUCAAGUAGAACAGUUCUGGUGCUGAGAGUUGUAAAUGUGUAUCAAGACACGUACAUUAAUAACUUUUAGCUAACAAAUGCUGUUUAUUGGCUUCAUUUUACCAAGAUACACUCGCCCAUUAUUUUCUACAGAGUAAAAGGUUAAACGCUUGGUUAGGGCUUAUCUGAUGUGUCUUGGACCAAGUAUAAAUGUAAUGUUUUGUGGUCUAUCCAUUUAAUUCAAUAAACAAGUCGAACAAAAAAAAAAAAGAAAUUUGAAAAGGUUAAAUACUAUUAAACUUUUCUUGCUGUAUAUGCACGAA